AUGUUAUCUCUACGAGGUAAACCUCUAGUCUAUCUAGUGACCGUUGUUAGUUCAACAGGCUUUUGUCUGUUCGGCUAUGACAAUGGUCUAAUGGGACAAAUCAUCUCUGAAAAGAACUUUCUCAACUUGAUUGGCAAUCCAAAUUCCGCAGUACAAGGCUUUGUCGUCUCAUCUUAUGAUAUCGGAUGUAUGAUGGGGGCGCUGGCCGCCGUCAUGAUCAGCGAGCAGAUUGGUCGUCGCCGAACUAUCUUGCUCGCGUGCAUAAUCCACCUCAUCGGCGACGCAAUCAACGCUUCAUCAUUUUCGCUUGCUCAGGUUCUCGUAUCACGUAUAAUUCUUGGUGUGGGCCUUGGAUUAUUUACGAGUGCCUCGCCCGUCUGGCUAGCUGAGACUACGACAGCCGAUAUGCGAGCUGUGAUGGUUGCAGUCCAGUUGACGUUUCUGAUCAUCGGAACGAAUAUCGCUUACUGGGUUGAUUAUGGAUUGGGAUUCUUGGAUAGCGAUGUCAGCUGGCGAGUUCCAUUUGCUUUACAGGCAGUAUAUCCUCUUGUCGCAUUUGCGUUCACCCUUGUUCUUCCCGAAUCCCCUCGGUGGUUAGCCGCUCAUGGGCAUAUGGAAGCUGCGACGGCAGCUCUAUCAGCCUUGCGCGAUCUUCCUGAAGAUCAUGAUUUGGUUCAAGCCGAGCUAAAUGAUAUCUCAUCUGUUAUUCAACUUGAAAAUGACAGUGCUUCCUGGAGUGCACUCUUCCAGCAGGGACCUGCGAAGGUUCGUACACGUGUUAUCAUUGCUUGUGCGGCUCAGUCGAUGCAAUCAUACUGCGGUAUCAACUUUGUGGAGUACUAUGCCCCUUUCAUUCUGAAGAACUCUGUUGGAUUGAGUGACAACUUGGCCAAUUUGGUAUCUGGGUGCUCGCAGAUAUGGUUUCUCAUUGCAUCACUCCUCACAUGGUUUCUUAUUAAUCGCAUGGGCCGCAGACGACUUUUCUAUCUAGGAAAUAUGGGUAUGGGUGCAUGCAUGAUCGCUAUCUCUAUCAUGCUGUGGUAUGAUUCUUCUGCAUCGGACAUCAUCACAGUAGUCUUCAUUUUUCUCUACCUUGCCUUUUUCACAUGGGGGUGGAUGUCCAAUAUGUGGACCUAUCCCGCUGAGAUCUUACCUCUACAUGUCCGUGGCAAAGCGCUUGCAUUAUCUGUGUUUUUCCUAUGGGCCAAUCAGUUCUGGACUGUUGAGAUUGCUCCAGCCUCUAUUGACAACAUAGGCUGGCGUACUUAUGUUAUUUGGGCUGUUCUCAACUUUGCCUGUUGCCUUAUUGUCUAUUUCUUCUUCCCAGAGACGUCGUCGUUGACUCUUGAGUCUGUUGACUUCCUCUUUUCUUCCUCGACGGACAUUAAAGAUACUGUUUUGAAGAGCGAAAAGAUGUUCCAGAAUAAAAUUCAUCUAGAGGUUGGAGCCGCUGCGGCUGCUGCGAUUGAUGAACAGGAGAUUGGAGAAAAGGCGGGCGCUCAACAGGUGGAGAACGUCUAG